CGACAUUACGGAAACUACAGUCUCAGCUAUCGUAGAUGAAAUUGUAGUCCACAAAUAAACGGCAGAAUAAAGACGUCGACGAAAAGGCUGCAGGUCCUAAUGUGGAGGCYGAGCAGAACUUGCGUUGAGCACCUGCCUGUGUUGCCAUGGGUUCACCCCCCUUGUUCCUGCUCCUCCUGGGCCUGACCCCUAUGCUCCGCCUGACUGUUCAUACCUUCCACACGUCCGCCCCUCCCCCGGCUCCUCCUCCCUCCUGUGGGCCGGGCCAGUCCUGGGCCGUCCGGRUGCACACAGACUCAGAGCUGCUGGAGGCUGAAGGCUCCACCCUUCACGAGCUGGCCAGCAGGGUGGCUGAGCAGGCUGGCCUGGAGAACAGGGGCCAGAUAGGGCAGCUGGAGGGCCACUACCUGCUCUGUGCCGGGCCUGAGGAGGAGGGCAGGCCAGGGGACGUGCUGGCAGCCCACCCUCAUGUGCUCUGGCACUCCCAGGAGCAGGUCCUCAGCCGCUCCAAGAGGGCAAUAGCCUUCAAUGACCCCAGAUACCCAUUACAGUGGCACCUGCACAACGAUGUCAGGGUGGGCAUGGACAUCAAUGUGACUGGUGUAUGGGAGCACAACAUCACAGGGACAGGGGUGACAGUGGUGGUUGUGGACGAUGGGGUUCAGCACACCCUCCAGGACAUUCAGCCAAACUAUAGUCCAGAGGGCAGUUAUGACUUGAACUCCAAUGACCCGGACCCCAUGCCCCACCCGGACGCCCGCAGUGACAACCACCACGGCACGCGCUGCGCCGGGGAGAUCGCCGCUGUCUCCAACAACAGCUUCUGCGCUGUGGGCGUGGCCUAUGGCAGUAAAGUGGCAGGUAUCAGAGUCCUGGAUGGUCCGCUCACAGACAGUAUGGAGGCGGUGGCUUUCAACAAGCACUACCAGAUCAACGAUGUCUACAGCUGCAGUUGGGGUCCUGACGAUGAUGGCCGCACUGUCGAUGGACCACACCCCUUGGGCAAGGCGGCGCUGCAGCACGGAGUGAUUGCUGGCAGACGGGGCUUUGGCAGUAUCUUUGUCGUCGCCAGUGGCAACGGGGGCCAGUACGAGGACAACUGCAACUACGAUGGCUAUGCUAACUCAAUCUACACUGUUACCAUUGGAGCAGUAAAUGAGGAAGGGAAGAUGCCCUUCUAUGCUGAGGAGUGUGCCUCCAUGCUGGCUGUCACCUUCAGCAGUGGGGGCAGAACGCUGCGUAGUAUUGUGACGUCAGACUGGUCACUGCAGCAGGGCACGGGCUGUACUGACGGACACACGGGCACCUCGGCGGCGGCACCCCUGGCGGCUGGCAUGGUGGCUCUGAUGCUGCAGGUCCGGCCCUGUCUCACCUGGAGAGACGUGCAGCACAUCAUCACCUACACAGCCACACAGUAUGAUGUGCAAGGGGACUGGAAAAUCAAUGGAGCGGGCUUCCACCACAGUCACCAGCACGGCUUCGGCCUGCUCAACGCCUGGCGGCUGGUCAACGCUGCCAAGGUGUGGGAGAUGGUGCCAUUCCUAGUGUCCUAUCAGAGCCCAGUGCUGAAGGAGGAGGCUCUUGUCCCAGCCUCCGGAGCAACUCACCUAACCUGGAACGUCACUGCAGCUGACCUCAGGCAGUCAGGGAUGCAGACCUUGGAGCACGUGUCUGUCACCUUGACGCUGGUCCAUACUCGCCGUGGCAGCGUGGAGAUCGUGCUGCUCUGCCCCAGUGGAAUGACCUCGCUCAUCGGGGCGCGCCGUGCUCUGGACACGGAUACCUCGGGUUACUCAGACUGGACGUUCUCCACUGUGCGCUGCUGGGGAGAGGGAGCCGAGGGCCAGUACAGGCUGCAAGUCUCUGACCACAAUAAGGAAGAGCCUGCGUUGCCCCUGGGCUCUCUGAAGCACUGGAAGCUCACUCUGUACGGCUCCUCUCUGUCCUUCGAAGAGGUCAAGGAGAGACAGAGUGUGGUGGAGGAGGCUAUGGGGGGGCAGUAUCUGGACAGCAGUUUCUCCCUGCCCUGUCCUGCAGGCAUGGACAUCCCCCCUGAGACGGUCAGCCCGUUCACAUCCAGCAGCCUCAAGUCUCUGCUACUGCUGGGCUGCUUUGCUCUCUUCUGGUCCCUGUACUACACCCUGGAGGUGACCCUGGCCAACCUGGACUUUAGAGGGCUGUGUUGGUGGGACAGGGGGACGCGGGGCUCCCACAGGGGGCUGGAGAUGCUCUGAGCUGGAGAAAACAGUGUGUGUUGGACUCAUCACUGGAGACGCUGCCACAUAACACUGGAGAAAACCUCUGUCCUCUUCCCUCUACGACCUCCCACCCGCCGUUCAUCAGUCUAGGCCUGCUGUGAACCCAGUGGGGCAAACUUAACUGGACUGGAGACUGAACUAUGUGGGCUGGAACUGUGAUCUCACGGGCCCACCCAUCGCUCCCCAAGCCUGUGGCCUUUUAUCAGCAUUGCAGUGCCCCAAGCCUGUGGCCUUUUAUCAGCGUUGCAGAGCCCCAAGCCUGUGGCCUUUUAUCAGCGUUGCAGAGCCCC